CUGACAGUGCCAGCUCGUCUCCACGUCCCACACCUGCUCAUCACUACCUGCACUGCCCAUGUCGCCCCAGCCGCCCGCUCAUCUCGUAACACACGGCCAAACUUUGCAGUCGCCGGGUGGAACCCUCUCCACCCCAUCUUCAUCUGAUGACAUGACUUGGCCGCGCCCUGUACAUGCACAUGUACAAUAGCCGACUCGGAUCGUCCAAGUUACCGAUUCCGUCAUGCCUCGUGUGGGUCGCCCUCUUUGCAUGCAUUGUGUCAUUCCUCGUCCAACAACACCCGACAUCUUUGCCAUCUCGAUCCGGUGGAUACGCCGCCCACUCAAGGUUCCAGCCAAGGUUCCACGUCUUGCUCUGCAUCCCAUCCCUGUCGUCUCGGUCUUAUUUGCUUCCUUGUCCCCGGCCUGCCUGCGAGGCUCUUAUCGGUCAGCAUCAUGCAAUUAGAUUAAACACGACAACCAAGUAUAGCAUAGGCAACACACGUAGCCAAGCAUAAAAAUUCACAUGUCAGCUAGCAGUAGCCCUGCCGUCGAGGCGAGGCGCCACCAAUCAAGCAUCAUCGUU